AUGGAAAUAUACAAGCAAGCUUCUGGAUCGCCGCUCACCAUGGCUGCGGCGGACGGCGCAUACUCCACGGCCACCGCCAACCGCGAGGAGGCCGCGCGGGCGCGCGAGAUCGCGCUGCAAAAGAUGGCGGAGAAGGACUGGGAGGGCGCCAAGCGCAUCUGGCUCAAGGCACAGCGCCUCUGCCCCGACUUGGACGGGAUUGCGAGCGGGAUCGCGGUGGCGGAGGUGCACAUCGUUGCGAACGGAACGGUGUACACGUCGCCGCACAAAGAAGUCACCAGGGACUACUAUGGGAUCCUGGAUGUCAGGCCUGAUGUGGGCCGGCCGGCGCUGAUGCAGCAGUACAAGAAGCGGGCGUUCCAGCUGCAUCCGGACAAGAACCAGCAACCGGGCGCCGAGGCCGCUUUCAAGAUCCUGGGGGAGGCGUACGAGACCCUGAAGGACGAGCAGAAGCGCUCAAAGUACGACCGGCAGCGCUCGGCGCGGCUGGCCUCGCAAAGCCUCGCCCGCAACGGCAGUCAGCAAGCCCGUCGGGGCCCCGGAGGCGUGCACCCCCAGAACCGGGGGCCAUAUGCCCAAACUUUCGGGGGGCAAACCUGGCAAACCUUUUUUGCCGGGGAGGGCGGUUUCCCACAGCAGCAAGCGCACGCGCGGGGUGGCACACAGCCCGGAUACCCAGUGAACGGGCAUGCGGGGACCGUUCCCCAAGCGCCUUUUGCAGCCAAUCAGGCGGGGGUGCCUCAGCAACGGCCGGCAUCGGCUUCGCAAUACGCGCAGAGGCCCCCAGCUGCGCAACAGCCGGGCGGUCCGGCGGCCCGGGGGGGUGUGCAACCGGGGGGCAAUAACCUGGGGGCUCAGCCGGGUGCUUAUGUCCGCCAAGCGGGUCAACCGGCGGCGUUUGUCCAGCAACAAGGCGCUAACCAAAGGGUUCCGGGGAGUACGGCGGGGGCGCCUGCCGGCCAGCAUGCCAGUGGGAUUCAACCGGGCGUUCAAACGGGUCAACCGAGGGUUUCCUCCAGCCAGCAGGGGGUUCCGGCGGGGCAACCGAGAGCUUAUGGGGGUCAGAUGGGGGCUUAUACCAACCAACAGGCUGCACAAACCGGUCAGCCGGGGGUGUACACCACUCAACCGGGGGUGACAGUUAAUCCAGGGGCGCAAACGGGUCUACCGGAAGUGCGUUUCAACGUGUCGGGGGUUCCUGUUAGCGAGCCAAGGAUAUCCGUACAACAGCAGGGGGCAUCCGCGGGCCAACCGAGGGCGUAUGCGGGGCAACCGGGCGCGCAAGCAAGCCAACCUGCCGGGUUUGCCCCUCAGUCCGGUCAGCAGAGGGGUUAUACCGAGCACUACGGGGCGGGCGCAUCUGCAAGCCAGCCGGGAAUCCAAACUGGUCAACCGCGGCCUUAUACUGGGGCUCCGGGCAGCCAACCUAGCGCUUAUGCCCCCCAACCCGGGGCGCCGACGAAUCAAUCGAGGCCUUAUGCAGGCCAGCAGGGCGCUUAUAUUCCUCAACAGGGGGUUCCAACCAGUCAACCGGGGGCGUAUGCCGCUCCAGGGGCGGCUGCGCCCUUCCCGCCACAGCCCUCAGGCGCCCGGGGGAUCCCCCCAGGGACCAAUACAGCGUUCCAGCCAUCUGGGCAGCGGCCAGGGGGGCCGUUUCCAGGGCCCAAGGCAUGCCCCGCAGGUCGAUUCAUCUGCAAGUGCCCGUCGUGCUUUCAGAGGUACACUUUUCCGGUCGAGAGCAUGGGCAAGUAUGUGUACUGCAAGUGCCGGGCGAGGAUCAUGGCGGUGAAGGAGGCGCCAGGUGGCGGCGCGUCAGGGGCCCACCUCGCAGCCACGCCCCGAGCCGCUCCCCCGUCUUUUCCUGCGGCACCAGCGCCGGCGCCUGCGCCAGCACCUGCUCCUGCUCCCCCCCAGCCUCCAGUCGUCCGACCGGCGCCGCCUGCCCCCCAGGCUCAGCCACCGGAAGCCCGGCGCACGGUCGUCGAGCAGGCAUGGGCGGAGGCCGUCAAAAUCAGGACGGACCACGAGAAGGAGAAGCGGCGCGAGGAGCGUAAGCUGCGCAAGCAAGAGAAGGUGGAGCGGGAACAAGAGCUGGAGCGCCUCCACGUGGCCCGAGCAGCCGCUAAGCAACGGAAGGCCGAGGAAAAGGCGCGGCGUCACAAGGAGCGCAAGGAACGCGAAGAGAGCGAGAGAACGCGCCUGGCGUCGCAAGCGUCGCAGCGGGUCGACGACGAGAGCCGGGCGAAAGUGGUUGCAGAGGAUGAGCAGAUACCCCUGCGACCGGAAACCAGGGCGGUAAUCGUAGAGGACAUGGAUGUGGAUGGAGCGAACGGUGUGGAGGGCGAUGUGAAUGGGCUCCGGGAAGGUGUGAAUGGCCUCGGGGUAGGUGUAAACGGGCUCGGCGAAGGAGUUGGAGAAGACUCCGAGGACGAGCCCCUGGUUAGGAAGCGGAAAGCAAGGCCGGAAUCGGCAUCGACCGGGGCGGACGGAGUUCGGGACGCAAACCGGAACGGAAUUUUUGAGCGAGGCGGGGGAGCGGGGCCUACGGGACGUGAUCCCGAGGACGAGCCGAUCCGGAGAGGCAAGCUUCGGAAAGUGGCGGAACUGGGAGAGGCGGAACGGAAAGACGGAAAGGUUUCGGACGGAGUCUCCAAGCUAGAAAGAGGCGAAACGAACGGGGUAAAGGGAGUGUCGGGAAAGGAGCAAAGCAACGGGCUCGUGGGGCAUGGUACAGGAGAGAAGCGGAAGGCGGAAGCUAAGGAUACAGAAAGGGGAGACGGUGCCGGGGGUGGGUUAAGUUUGGGAAUAGGGGGUGGGUUUUGGGUGGGUUUAGAAACGGCUUCAGGGGCAGGGACAGGUUUGAAUUUGGGUUUGGGGACUGAUUCCGGUGCGGCGAACGGUUCAAAGGCGGGGACGGUUCCGGUUGAGAAUGAACAAAGGAAAAGGCAAAAAGUGAACGUCGUUGACCUGGCAAGUUCCGAGGAGGAAGCGGUUCACGGUGAAAUGGAAAACGAGGCCGAUGCAAAGAGGAGGGCGGAAAAGGGGAAGGCCAAAGUGGAAGAAGAUUCCGAGAUGGAAGCGGGCGGAACGACGCAAAUGGGAACGGAGACGGAACAAGACGGAACGGGGAUGGUUGUUGAAGAGGGCGGAACAGGACAAACAGAAACGGAAACGGAAGAGGGCGGAACGGAAAAGGAAGCGGAAACGAGGAGAGCGAUCGUGGCAGACGAUGAUCCGAGGGAGGUCUUGGCGGGGCGGGCAAAGCGGAAACUGCGGCGGUUGGUCGAUAUUCUAAAGAGUGCGACGGCUCUUACGAAGGAAGAAGCGCUGGCGGAGGAGGCCUCUCCAGACGGGCCGCGAGAGCCGCCGUUUCUGCGCCCUGCAAAGACUGCCCCUGGUGUGAAAACAACCCCGGGUGGGAAAGCGCCCGCCAUUGCAAAGAAGUCCCCUGCACUGAAAGCUACGCCCAUCCUGAAAGCUUCCAGCGACGAGCGGGAGCUUCUUAGCCAAACCUUGCCCGCGAAUGAUGCGGCGGGGCCGUCGGGCGCAAAUGGAAACCCUACGGAAAAGCUCCAAGGGGAAGCUUCUGAACCGGCUGGCGAGGAUCUACACCAAGCUCCUACGGAGCCUGGGCCGUCCGAUGUGAACGGGCACCCGCCGGUGGACGAGAACGGAGCGUACACCACUCCCGACUCGGUGUUUUUCGAAUUCGACGAGGUUCGAAAGGAGUCGGACGUCCUUCCCGGGCACUACUGGGCGCUGUACGACGAAGCGGACGGCAUGCCCCGAUUCUACGGGCGCAUCGACGCGGUUUGCGCUAACCCGUUCCGGGUGAACCUGACCUGGCUAGAGGCGACCGAGAAGAACCGCGCGGCGUUCUACGGGCGGCACCCCCCGCUGCGGAUGGAUGAGAUCAGCCCGGGGACGGGGGAGUUUAUAUUCGGACAGAGCACGCACUUCAAUUCGGUCAACAGCCUGGCAUAUCGGCAGACGGCAAUCGAGCCGUUGGAGGGCGGCGCAAAACUCUUCCCCCGGUGCGGGGAGAUCUGGGCGAUGUUCGAUGCGGAGAGGGGUGCGAAGCGAGACCGGGGGGGCGAGGAAAAGGCAGCGUUACAGUAUGAGUUAGUGGAGAUUGUCGGCAUUGAUGGGGGGUAUACGGUGACGAAGCUGGUGCGGUUGCCGCGACACCCGACGCUGUUCCAAGCGGUGCGGGGGCCGAACGGGAAGCCGCUCAGAGUGCCCGUCAAACCUGCGGACGUUCCGCUCUUCUCGCAUCGAGUUCUUGGGAAACGGGUGCCUAGAAACCUGAUCGAAGUGAAUGGAACGAGCCGGAACGUCGAAGUCUGGGAGCUUGACCCAGCGGCUCUUCCCUACUAGUCUGGGUCUGGUAGUUUGAUCCACUUUCCAUAGAAUCCAAGUCCAGAUUUCCGACUAUUGCCCACAUGAGGCCAUACUUGAUUUUGACUUGAGAGAGGCGGUUUCGCAGGAACCGACAGUAAAAAUUGCUGCUUUAUGCAGAUUGUGAUUUGUCCAGCUCAGUCGCUUGUACAGGUUGAUAGAAGAACACUGACUCUCCGAGUCGUUAAAAGAGAAUUCGGAGAUGCAAUUGCAGAACGAUCUCGACACUGAUUGGAUCCUGGAACCAUAAAUCUGUUCCUCUAUUGAGGGUGACCAGGAGCCCGUGGCCCUGGAAGCACAUCAUUGCCUAACGAUGUGCUCCUCAAAAGAAAGAAAGCUCG